UCAUUCAGUUUAUUUGAUAUGGCAACAGUGUUGAAAUCAGUUUGGGUGUAAGCGACUGUAUAUAUCUAAUUUAAACUUGUAAUUGAGAAUAAAGUGCGUAAUAAAAUACCGUAGGUCGAUAACAGAAAUGAAAUGUGUUUGUUUAAUAAACAUAAAUAUUUAUCAAGAAAAGAAGGAUGAAUAAAUAACUACGGUGAAAUGAUAAAUCAGUGAAUACAAAGUGAGGUUAUUGCUUUCGUCCGCUAACAGUGAGUGCAAAACAGAAUCUCGUACAGCGAUGCUUCCACUAUUAGUAUUAAUUGUAAUACUAGCAGUUUAUUUAUACAUAAAAUGGAUUUAUUCCCAUUGGAAAAGAACAGGACUACAACAAAUAGAACCAAAUUUUUUAUACGGAAAUGUUAAAAAUACAAUUUUGGGAAGAAUUAGUAUCGGCGAUUUGUAUAAAAACUUUUACGCUGAAUUCAAAUCAAUGGGAUUAAAACAUGGAGGCGUUUACGAAUUUCUAACUCCGGCUUACGUACCAAUCGAUACGGAAAUUAUAAAAUGUAUUUUACAAAAAGAUUUUAAUCAUUUUAUGAACCAUGGUGAGUAUGUUAACGAAGAAUUAGAUCCCCUCACCGGGCAUCUUUUAGCUUUGGAAAACGAAAGAUGGAAGAAACUGAGAGGAAAACUCACACCUACAUUUACAUCAGGUAAAAUGAAGAUGAUGUUUCCAACAAUGGUAACAUGUACUGAAGGUUUAAUAGAUAUCCUUAAAGAUUAUGCUAAAAUUCAAGAUGGUGUAGAUAUCAAGGACGUGCUACAGAGAUUUACGACCGACAUAAUAGGUUCAGCAGCUUUUGGUUUGGAUUGUAACAGUUUGAAAGACCCCAAUUCCGAAUUUAUGGAAUUUGGCAGGAAAAUAUUUAGAGGCAGUAGAAUUAGGAGUUUGAAACGAAUGAUUUGUAAUAAUCUACCAAAAAGUUUUUUGUCGUUUAUAAGAUUUAAACGAACCGACAGAUCUAUAGAAGAUUUUUUCAUGGGAGUUGUUAGAAGUACGGUCGAUUAUAGAGAAAGCAACAACAUACAUCGUAGAGACUUUAUGCAUUUAUUACUGCAGCUCAAAAACAGAGGAAAAGUUACUGAAGAUGAAAGUAUUUUUCCUAAUGGAGACGAAAAAGGAGAUCACUUUCUAACGUUCAACGAAGUUGCUGCUCAAUGUUUCGUCUUCUUUUUGGCUGGUUUCGAAACUUCUUCAACAACAAUGACGUUUGUUCUACUGGAAUUAGCUAAACGUCAAGAUCUUCAAGAUAAAUUGAGAGAAGAAAUAAAAACCGUCAUCCAAAGACACAAUAACAAAAUAACUUACGAGGGUAUAAUGGAAAUGAGUUAUUUAGAUAAAGUUGUUAAUGAAACGUUACGUCUCCAUCCACCUGCACCACUCACCGGAAGAGUAUGUAAUGCUGCAUAUAGAAUCCCCAAUACAGACGUCAUCAUUCAAAAAGGAGAUAAAAUAAGAAUUUCCAUCUUGGGUAUUCAUAGAGAUCCCGAAUAUUACCCGGACCCUGAUACGUUUGAUCCGGAGAGAUUUAACGAAGAAAAUAAAGCUAAGAGACCAAAUUUUUCGUUUUUACCGUUCGGUGAGGGUCCAAGGAUUUGCAUCGGUGAGUUUAUCAUCUCUAUUAAAGGUAAACAAGAGAAACGACAUCUCCAAAAUUAUUUUCGUCGUAAAAACUAUAUUGAUAGUUUAGAAAUUGAUGACUUAAUUUUAUAUUUAGUCCAGAGGUCUUUAGUUAAUUCGAUUAACCAUUUUAAUGAAACAAUUUAUCAAUAAUCUGGGGUAGAUGAAACUUAUACGGAAACGGAGACGUUCCUGAUGGACUGAGUUAGUGUAGUCUUAAGAAUUAAUAAAUAAAACAGAUUAUACUGGUACUUCUUUCACAACAAAAAAACUUGGAACUAUAAUAUUACCAUAUUUGACCUUUUCCAACUUCUUUUGAAUCAACAGCAUCUUCAUCGGGCUCACAAAAAAAACAUCAUUAAUAUCUCUACCUCUAAAGGCGAUAUCUUUCGGCCUUUCUAGUCCUCUGUUCCAGUUGUGUCUUUACCGGGUAUCCAAACCCCAAGUCCACGGUUCCUUCAUGACCUUAUCAAUUAGGUAUUUCACAGGUGUAUGAUCUGGAGAUACGUUUACUGCAUCCUCAUCCACCGUAGCUUCAUCUUACUAUCGUUUAGGACCUUCAGAGGUAUGUGAACUGCAGAUAUAUUCAGGUGCAUCUUCAUGUAUCCAAACACCAAGUUCACUGCCGCUCCGACUCACUGCCAACUAUAAUCUUCACAGAUGUCUGACCUCGAGAUGUAUUCAGCUGUACUUUUACGUCACUUUUUUCCAAACACAAAGUUCAUUGUUGCCUCGUGACUCUAUUAACUAGUGCCUUCACAUUUAUCAGACCUAGAAAUACCUCCAUCUGAAUCUUCAUUAAGCUUGCCAAUAGUUAGGACCAAUACUUCCUUUCUCUUCAAUAGGAAUGACGUCUUAAUAUAAUUUUAUCAACUAACCUAACUAUCGAAUAAGACCCUGAAGGCCUGAAGAUAUCACCAGCUGUAUCUUUACUAAGCUUGCCGAUACUCAGAACCAAAACUCUCUUUGUCCUUUGUCCACAACCACUAAUCCUGGAACUUUAGUUGCUAUUGUAAUUCAUAAAAUCGUCAUUGUGUUAGUACAUUUUUCUGAAACCAUGGUUUUUAAUGACAUUAAUAGAACGCUGCUUCUUGGAAAUGGAUCCAUAUCACUGUUGUACUUUCUCAAACGGUCACGUCCUUGGUAUACCUUGUAUUGUCUUUAACCUAAAUAUCAAAUCAUCUCUAAACAGGUUGAGCAUAGUAGUAUGCCACUCUUUGAACCAUUAUUAAUGGAUUUGUUGUUUUCCAGUUGUCUUCUGAGCUUCGUUAUCAACAAUUCACUUGAUUACUAUUCGGGUACGCUUGUUGAAACAAAUCUACACUAAUUUGUGACUUAUGGCAAAAGAGGUUGUUUAUUUAUUAAAAGAAAUCAUUAUUAAUAACAUUCUGUUCUUUGACUUUUCAUUAUCAUCGUCUAACUUUGUUGUCUCCUUUGAUGUCGUUAACUUCUUAUAUAGUUAAUCUGAGGUACCGACCAAAUUUUUUUUUAAAUAAUUCCAUAACAUUCCAUCACAAUAUGCUGAAAUAUCGAAUUUUUUACUUUGAGUUUUGUUGAAACAAUAUAAUGAAAUGUAGAUAAUGUCUAUAAAGAUUAUAUUUGGGAUAUCGACAAUGCGGAAGUUUCUAAAAUUCUAUUUUAGAGUUUAAUCUUUACUUGCAAUUUAACAUCUAUAUUUUUUUUACGUUUUUAGUACGAAUAUAUGUAAUUUUUUCAUAAAUUUAGGUGCAAGAUUCGGCCUUCUACAGACGAAAGUGGGAUUAGUUUCAAUAAUUAAAAAUUUCAAAGUCACUUUGAACGAAAAAACCAAACUUCCAAUUACGUAUAUGCCAAAAGCUAUUAUUUCUAGCGUUGCAGGUGGCGUAUGGUUAAAUGUGCAUGAGGUAGAAUAAAUUUCGCAAAUUCAAAUAUUAUUUGUUUAAUAAAUGCAUUUAUUUUAA